UAGCGAACACUAAGCCAUAUCAUGCAAACCUCAAGGAGUGAUAUUCCUAGGCAAAUUGUGAAACGCCAGCACGAAUCCGUAAAAUAAUUACAAUACAAGUGCGAAAAGUAGAUAACUUGCAACGUGUGGUGAUACGUUAAAUCAACGAGUUUGCGAAAGUAUUUAAUUAUUUAAAAAUAAUAACUGCAUUAAUUGAUGAAAAACAAAUAAUUUUUGACUAAUUUUUUUUUAUAAAUUUGUUAAAAAUAAUAUACAUUUCAUAAAUUUCAGGUAACAUGACCAUUGCCCACUUGUCUCGAAAUGCUCUUCGACGCAAAUAUAUCUGCAUUGAUCAUUUCGAAAAGCGGUUCAUUCAAAAGGAAGAUGGUAUACGUAAAAGAUUGAAUAAGUUAGCCGUACCUGUCCAUUACAAAGCAGAUCAAUCGACAGAGAACUUCCCAGACUCACCAGUUGCAUCAACAUCAGAGGGCCAAGAACCGACAGAAUUUAAAGUAUUAACACCAAAAAAAGUUUACCCUGGUGUUAAAAAACGUGAAGAAAAUGAGGAGGAAGGCGAUUUAUAUGACACAGAAUUAUUUACGACACCGAAAAAACGCAAGCGACCAGCCGAUAGCGACACACCGAAUUGUAAAAGAUUAAAAACUGUUAUUGAAGAUACGAAAAAAAUGUUGAAGAAGGAAAGAAUGAAGUAUAGAAGAUUGCAGAAAAAAAUCCUGAAUAAGAAAUUCAUAAAUUUAAGUACUACUAAGUUUAAAAGUGAUGCAUCGAAGGUGUUGACGCAGAUGCAGUUAAAAAAAACCGCAUAUAAUCAUUUGAGAAACCAAGGUGUAGUACUAGCUGCUCCGACCACCAUCCAGAACUGGUUACAAGCCACCGAUUGUUUACCCGGACUAAACGAUGAUAUAUUUGAAAAUAUUAGGAAUAAGUUUGCUGAUUCAUCAAUUAAAGACAAAGCAUGCACUAAAUAG